CAAUCCCAACUUUGGGUCCAGAGAAAGCACUGCCUCUUGCACUGCCUCACCAAUCAAAGUUGGACGCCUCCUAGCCCAUCAAACAACAGCUUGACUUUUGUCUGAUCUCUUCCUGCCUUGACUUGACCCCAUCAGCCUUGCAUGUACUUCAUCCAUCCUCGUGCAACGACCAUACAACCACAGAAGCCAUUGUCCUACUACCCAUUAUUCUGCUUGCACCACAGUAUCACGACUUACCGUCCCAAGACUCUUCAAAACACAGACAGCAACCCACGAUUGGUUGUGUUCCCGGCCUGCAGCCUCCGCAGUUUGCCUACUACUUACCCAACUUCUGGAACCCACACGGUUGGAGAACCACAGAGCCCACAGAGAAGAAUCGACCCUCGAGUCCUCAUCGUGUUUUCCCCGCUAUACACCUCAGACCACCACCAUCGCCAAUCUUGUCAUUUGCAAUGCUCUUGAUGGUCAAUGCUACGCCAUCUUCCUUUGAUGGGACCAGGGCCCGUCACUGGGGCCUUCCCAUUCCCUCUCCAGCCUAAUGCUUCCUCCAUUACAUAUUGUUCGAGGUCCUUUGCCUCGAGCAUGGGGCUAACUCGCCUUCUUUCUAGAUCCAAAGACUAGGACAUCCCUUGCAAGUCGACAACCCAUCUCUCCGGCGACGCCAACCUAUCUAUGGGUUGUUAAUACCACAUGUGUGCUUACCCAGCAAUGUGCAGACCAUGAUUCCGACAGCUACUCAUGUCAAGCGCCGAAGACCAAUACUACCGUGUUCCCUACUUUGAUCCAGAGAGGGACUUUUUGGGGCCUGAGAGAGCUGUCUCGCUCGAGCCGGUGCAACCCACUUAUGAGCCAGAGGAGAGCCCUCGGCCGCCCCUGGUUCGAUACGACACAUCUUCAUCCUCAGGUGAAAGCGAAGGAGAGGGCAACACGGUGCCGCCCAGAGGUUCCAAGAAUAUAAGAGGUCGAACAGCACCAUCAAUCUGCGGGGCAGCCCUUAUUCCAUCCCUAGCCCUAAGUCAACCGCAAAACCCUCUCGCCGCAGGCAAGCAUGCUUUAGAGUCUCGCAUCGUCUCCGGGGCAGAAGAAGGGGAGGAAGACAGGGAAGGGGUGGCGGACCAAGGAGAAGGCCAGCAGUUCACCUCAGUUGACGGCCAGAUGAGACAUUGUGUAUAUCCCAUCGACAGUACAGCCUCGACUGUGGAAACGGAAGCGGAAACGGGGGUGGUUCACUCGGUUGACCCCAGGCGCCGACAUUCAUACCACGAUGGCUCGAAUUUACCCUUGGCUGCUGAUCGUUCGCGCCAUCAUCAUGGAACAAAAGAUGGGAAUCACGAGCUAUCGAAUAGGGAAGGGUCUCGUACAAGCCACGAUACAACACGCCCAAGACAUGGUUGGCAGACCCUUCCCCCCCUUAGUUCUAUCCGUGGUCCAGGAAACGCACCUCUGGAUCUUGAUGGCAGUUCUGAGCGUGAAGGUUCACUUGUCUCUCCCACGUUGUCCAAAUUUGCCAUAUCUCCUCGAGAUGUGGAUCGUGACAGUCUCAUCACUCUGCCGGCCUUGCAGCGUUCGCCACCACCAACCUCCCAACCCAGGUCACCAGAAACGAAGCAGACUUUGCCGCCCAUUACCAAUUUGAUCGAUUCAAGCUCGGGUCUUCACUCUCCGCUGCUAAGCAGAAAUUCUCCAGGUCGCAGUUCUCAAACUCCAACUUCAUACGCACCAUCUCCCCACCCAGGGAUGUCACCACCUGCACCUCCUGUCCACUUCAAUUUUCGAUCUUCCACUCGAGACAGUUCGAUCUCCGGAACAUCCGAAUACAACUCGAGCACAUCUACAGCAGGCUCUAAUUCGGCGUCUUCCCUCGUUGCACAAUCUCCCGCGGCAUCGUACACAUCUACUCUAUCCAUACUACCAGAACGGGACCUUCUGCCGCGACCAGACGACUUGACAGGUCUCACGUUAUCUGAUCCCACAAAGACCGUCCCAUCAUCAGAUUCGAAUUCCACAAACUCCUACGUCUGCACACAUAAGGGAUGCACCGCGCAACCUUUUCAGACCCAGUAUUUGUUGAAUAGCCACAUGAAUGUCCAUUCUGACGCCAGACCACACUUUUGCCCCCUCGACGAUUGUGCACGUGGCCGUAACGGCGAGGGCUUCAAGAGGAAGAAUGAAAUGAUCAGGUAAGAGUCAGCAUUUUAAAGAUCUUGGGAAGAUGAUGAUGUUGGUCAUUUCUGACAAAAUAUGUUCGACAGACAUCGGCUCGUACACGCCUCUCCUGGGUAUUUAUGCCCUUUCUGUACAGAUCAGCAGCAUCGAUAUCCACGACCAGACAACCUCCAACGCCAUGUGCGCGUGCAUCACACCGACCGCAGUCGCGACGACCCUCUUCUACGCCAUGUCCUCAACCAGCGACCUGAUGGUGGUAACAGGGGAAGGAGACGACGUAUAGGCACAAUCUGAGACGUCGUUUGGGAGUGUGUUGAACAGAACAUGUAUGUACAAGCCUGAACGGUUCACGAAAGUAAUGAGAUGGACGAGAUAUACGUGUUUUAUUUUACAUUUUCAGCCAAAUGCACGUACCCUGCGCUUGGAUCUCGGGGCGGCGGGUGGAUUUCGCAUGGUAUCAACACGUCUCGAACAAUGUCGCUGCUCGCAUCAUACGUCUCGUCCCGUCUCGUCUCCUCAUCGGCAGAAAGCGACUCGGUCACAAGAGAAUAAGCGAAUUCGGACCUUUUUUCCCUUUUCCAUUAACAGGCCCAAGAGCCAUUUACGAAGUUAUGAACAAAUUUACAAUAUCAGCCAGCCAAAAAUGGCACAGGUCAGUUUUAGGUUAGGUUUGGGGAUGGAAAGUCAGUCAUCCAUCCAUCUCAUCUCGGCGCAGACAGAGUGAAUCAAGAGAAGGAGCAGGAACAUACGACGAAGCAAACGAACAUGAAUCGAAUCAAAUCCUGUCUGAUAUUAGACGAGGAAAAUUGAAUGGUCAGCGGGGUUCCAGGGCAGGUCUAAAAGAACACCAACCUAGGUUUUAUGAGAGCCAAACCCCCCCAUCUUCUCUCUUUAUCUAUAGGCAGUGUGUUCUUAAGUCAGGCUCGAACUUUGAGUGUAGAGAAGAGAUACAGAACAAAAAUGACUGGUCUUACUUGUAUUUGGCGGCCGUCAUAAAGUAUCUUUUCUUAGCACCCAUUUAGGAAUCAAGAUAGCUAGCUACAUACCGAAAGACUCAGCGGCGAACCUUGACCUCUUCAAAGUCCAUCUCCCGUUCUCAUAACCCGAGUAUCUUGGCGUCAGGUUGAGAGGUGACAAGGUGGAGGUUCGCUCCUCCUUGAUAGCCGAGGAGGGCUUCACUAUCUUCA